GGAAACGCUGAUAUUUUGAAGGAUGGGGGGGACUGCAGUCAUAUCAGAGAAGCCAUUAUUAUCGCUGAUUUCCCAAAGAACACUGUUGUUAACUGGAGCCUCUGAUACAGUCUGCUAAUAUCCCAAUUUGAAUUAGUCCAAUGUAGAUUCCUGUACGAUUUCCGCAACCCACUGCGUUUUAUCUAAUUAACGCUUCGGCAUGUCCUCAAAGGAUUCCAAGGCAAGGAGAAGCGACUCAAGUAGUCGAACAGAUGAACGAAGGCGGUCAACGAGUAGUGGGGGGGACCGUGCAGACCGCCACAAGCGGAAACGCAGUCGAAGCAGAUCGUCCUCGUCAUCAAGUUCGUCUUCAUCAUCGUCUUCCUCGUCGUCCGAUUCGUCAUCCUCGUCAUCCUCGUCUUCUUCGUCUUCAUCAUCGUCUUCCUCAUCCCGCUCGUCUUCCCGCAGCAGAAGUAGCAGUUCCAGCAGCAGAGAUUCUCACAGCAAGUCAAGGAAGGCCUCAAAGAAAGUGAAAAAGGAGAAGCACAACAAAAAGAAGGGAAAGAGGGAGAAAAAGAACAAAAGGAAAAAGGACAAAAAAUCCAAAGUAGAGGAGGAACCUUCUGGACCUGUGCAGAUCUCAAAGUACCUGAAAGGGAAAAAGAAGGGCAAAUUCAGCAUGAUCUCAGGGAGGAAGAUCAAAAUGAAAGUGAAGAAGUCAAAGAAAGACAAGCAGAUGGACAAGAAUCGUGCCGAGCUGCUCGAGUUCCUCAAUUCCACACUAUAACAGACGAAGAUGUGAGCUUUGCUCCCAGAAUCCUCCUCUUCGUGCCUGUGGGCAGGAUCCUCCCCUCUUGUGACCAAUCGCAAAAAUACUCAGGGAAAGGCCAUCGUUCCACUGGCAUUCUGUGUGUGAUUAGCGAAAAAGUGUCACAAAAAGCAUUGGAGUCUUGGAUGCCUGUCUCCACUACAGGCAUGGUGGGGUAUGGCAGCUGAUGUGCUGUGAACUAUGUCUCUCUCUGAAACAACAGAACACAGUUCUUGUGUAUUAGACUUGUCAGGGUACAAAACACGUGUCCUAUUCGGUCGGGAGUUUCCCCAAAGCUUAUAUGCAACAGCCGGUUGUUUAAAAAAAUGAAAAACCUUUUGUUAGUCUGUUUUUAUUAUUGCUUUAGAGGAUAACACAGUUCCUGUAUGUGUAAUAGAAUUAAAUAUAUUUUUUAUUUGAAAACCAUUCCUGUUGUGGAUUUUACCAUGCUGUUGUGAAAGUGGAACUGUCACAGACUCAUGAGCCCAAAAUGGUGCGAUUUUUUUUUUUUUUUUUAAACAUAUUGUGAUACUAGGCUUCCUGGUCCUGCUGGUGUGAACGCCGUUGUACAGGUGCUGCUGUGGUCAACACACCACUGUUCAUAGGACCAUACAAGUUGACUGUGGACUCCUCAGCAUCUGGUUGGAAAUGGUUGUGUAAAUCGGACAGUAUAAUAAACCAUCUUCCACGUG